UCGGUGAAUACGGAGCAAAUUAGCUAAAAUCGAAAUUAAAAAAAAAAUCGACUAGCAAUAAAAAAAAAUUAAGUUCAGUGUCACAAGCAAAAAGCAUUUUUGAAAACUCAAAAAGUACAAUUUAAGCGACACAAUCACCAAUUCUGUCGAAGAUGCACUUGAAAUGUGACCUCGUCAUAUCGCUACUUGCUCUGAGCCUGUUCGCGCUUAGCUCCGUGCACAGCGCAGAAAAUAUGUACGCACCUGAAGACUCAACUGAAGAGAGUAUGGAGCUGAGUGUACAGUCGGCGGAGGUCAGCAAUGCUGCACCACCAAACACUGCAGAACCGACGAUCGCAUCAACACAAAUGACGAAUCAGUUUGAAACCACAAAUAGUUUCGAAGAGCCACGCCCACAAAUGCGUAAUAUUAAAACUUUGGACGACCAUUGCCUCAAAGGCUUUUGCUACAACUUCAACUAUGGCCGACUCGAUGAGGUGGCGUUUUUCGAUAUCAAACCUGAUGUGCACAUCAAUAAAGACCGCGCCACCUACGACAUCGUCAACGAGCACAACUAUGACACGCUGAUCUUUGAGAAAUCGACCUUCGCACGUUUUCCGUUGCAUCUCUUCUAUGCGAUAGGUGUGAAGGAGUUGGAUAUGCGCAAUUGCUCCAUACAAGUGAUGACGUGGGAGUGCUUCCUCAUGUCACAAGAUUUGCGCAUCUUAUUGCUCUCCAACAAUCGCUUGCAGACAAUCGGAGCCUCAACAUUCAAAUUUGCCAGCGAUCUGCAAUAUCUUUUCCUCGAUUCCAAUCGCUUGACGCUUCUACAUCCCAGUAGUUUUGAGGGUCUAACCAAGUUACGUUAUUUGGAUAUGCACCAAAAUCUUUUGACGCAAUUGCCGACUGGUUUGUUCGAUCAACUGCCUGCCUUGGAGGAGCUACAUCUGGACGAUAAUCGUUUGCAUACGCUUAACAAUCAGCUCUUUCUCAAUAAUCUGAAUUUGAAGAUUCUCACGUUGGGCGCGAAUCGUCUGCAAGACAUUGGCGAGAAUACAUUUCGGCGUCAGGCACAGCUUAUCAUCUUGGAUAUUUCGAACAAUCCCGAGCUACGUACACUUGUCUUGAAGCUACAGUUGCGAAAUUUAGUGGCUUCCAAUUGCACACUCCGGCGUGUCAAUAUUUACGGAUAUGUCCAUAACGUUGACCUCAGCUACAAUCGCAUACUGGAGCUGUACUUUGCCGAGCCGCAGCAGUUGGAGACGCUGAAUCUACGCAAUAACUCACUCCAGCAGAUUGGCACAUUAUCGCGUGCUACCAACUUACAAGUACUGGACUUGGGCGACAAUCCCGAGUUGGGCACGCUGCCCUUAUCAUGGCUAGCCAAUGCUCUGAAACGUUUGGACCUUGGCAACACCGGUUUGCGAGAGCUGCCCAUUGACAACGUCUCCUAUAAUCAGUUGCGUGAGAUCAAUCCGCUGAACUUCCCGUAUCUAGAGCAAUUAAGUCACUUCGAUAUACGCGCAAAUAAUUGGAAUUGUUACAAUUUAAAUAUUCUUAUGGAGAUUCUGCUAAAACCGCACAAAAUUAUUUAUGGUUAUGAUGAAAUAGAUCCAGAGUAUCCGGGUACAUACAUCAAUAAGAUCGCGUGCAUGUAUCGUUUGGAGGAAGAUAGCGCAGAGGAGGACUUGGCUAUGAGCAGUCAACAACAGGCUGAAGCGGUUGAGGCAGUGAGUGGAAAUACUCUUGGCCAAUUAGCGAAGCUGCGGAAGAAUACGCAAGAGCAUGUGGAGACUUUUCGCAGAGAACUCAAAGCUAUUGUGGGCUUUUAUGAACAAAAAUUUGAUCGCGCUUUUCGCAUGAUCGACAAUUUGAAUACGCGUUUAGAGAAUUUUGAGCGUUUGAAUGAAACGAUUUUGCAGCAUGUCACGAUUACGGUCUAAAUUUUCGGGCACAAUUUAAUUUGUUUUAGUCUUAACUUUAUCUUAAUGCUUUGCAGUACAAUUCGAAGUGUUUAGUUUAUGUUUUUGUUUUUUUUUUUGUUGAAAAAUAAAUAAAGUUCGCGAACUGUAGUACAUCGCUGAGAGUAUAUACUUUUUUGGUAUUUCAAGUAGUGUUUAUCGAUUUUUAAGCACUUUUGUGGACUUUUUUGACUCAACAAUUUUGCUGAAUAAGCACUAAAUUAUGGCAUUUGACUGCAUUAUUUAAUCUAUUAUUGACUCACGGCUGUGGCUUAAGAUUUCGUCUAAAGUAAAGUUUCUUUAAAAUAAUAAUUAUUCAAUGGAAUAUUAUGGAUUAAAUUUUUCCAAAAUGUGUAUGAUGAUUUUCUUAUGACUAAAUAACAGAGUCAAAUGUCUUAGCUCAAACUCGUUUGAUUUUUCUAAUACUGUAAAACACAAAACAUAACAAGUUUCCGACAAAGAUUCUGUUACAUGGGACAAAAAAAUAUGCUUAUCGGGGAUUUGAAAAUGUAUUAUAUAACGGAAUUUUAUUUCUUCACAUUCAUUGUGAACAUCACGAUGGGCCAUGAGCCUGAGGUGGUCCCACAGUGGACAACCACUUCAACCUAACCUAACCUUUUGCACAUUCGUAUGGUAAGUCGGCACAGGGAACCACGUGAUCGGACACAAGAGUUUGAUUGAAGGUAGGAAAAAA